GUUGGCGUGUCGACUCUUGGCCAGAAAUGGCGCAUCGGUCGCAGUCUCUCGCGCGCUCAGGCCCCGGUGUUCGCCUUCGGUCUGGCCGGCUACUUCUGGCUGAGCAGAGGUGUCGGCGGCGGAGACAUCGUGCGUUGGGCCCUACGACUCCUGCUGGGAGCCAAACCGAUUUUCUGCAAGCACGCCACGAGCUCGGAAGGCUGCGAGGGAUCCAUGUCGAUGUGCUUGGCCGUCGCACUAGGGCGGUUCGUGAUCCUAGGAGGCGCUGGCAGCGCGCUAAGUUUGGUUCUGUCCUGGGGACGUCGCUUGGAUAUCCGACCCGGUCUGUUCAUGGGUUCCCUGGGAGCCAUCUACAGCUUGACGUCCUGUCUGCUGCGACUACGAGGGCCCAAGCAACCCUGGCACGAGUCCCUGGCUGCCCUAAUUGCUGGUCCAACGCUAGCUUUCUGGCCAAGUCCCCGACUGGCUCUAUACGUCGUCUGCCGAUGCGUCGAGUUGGCCUACCAGAGAGGCGAGGCGUCUGGACUUCUGCCUUCGGCAUCCGACGAGGCGUCAUCCGUCCUCUUCGCCAUCUGCAGCGGUGUCCUGCUCACAGUGGGCGUGCUUCAGCCCCACCUGGUUCGGCCGUCGUACCGGGCGUUCAUCGACCGUGUGUCCGGAUACAGAAUGCGCUUCAUCAACGUACCCGCCAUCGCCACCUUGGGUUAUGGCACCACCAGUUUGGUCCCUGGUGGCUCCGAGAUACCGGAACUGAACCCCAGGUUCCUCAGCCGAAAGUACACCGAGACGCUCUGGAUAUGGAGUCAAUAAACUUUGGAAGCUUAGAGUUCA